UGGGGCGCGUCUCUCCGAUCGGGGGGCGUGUCUCUCCGGACGGGGAGGGGGCGUGUCUCUCCGGACGGGGAGGGGCGUGUCUCCUCGGACAAGGGGCGUGUCCACGACCCACCGUGCGUGCCCGCCGCCAUCAGCAGCCCGCCGUGAUCACUGUUUACGCCGGCAGUGAUGGCCUCGUGUGGCGGUGGGGGCGGAGCGCGCCUGGUGGCCCCGGUCCAGGCCAUCGUUCUCAGUCCAGACCCGGACGAGGAGGACGCGUUGGCCGGCGGUGCGGAGCUGUGGCGUCAGGCGCGGCGGGUGCGUCUCGGGAGCCGGCUGCUGCCGAGCCGGCUGGCGCGCCGUCCGCCUUCCUCGCCUCCGCCCCGACAGCUGAGGAGGAGCGCCUCGUCCGAUCACAGCGACGGGAGCUCGACUGGCCGGCGCAGCAGCUGCGACAUCACCCUCUGGAGUGACGCCGAACUGAUGGCGCCGCCUGGGCAAACAUCGGCGCGUCGGCAGCGGCUCAGACCCACCACGGCCAGCUUCCGCCGGCUUAGAGAGACGGCCACGAGUGUGUUCGGAGCGGUCAAGUUCCGUGCAGAGUCGGCGGACGGGAGUGGAGAGAGGCUCGGAGUGCCAGCAGAUCAGAGCAGAAUGAGAAGCCGGAGCUACAUGGAUGGAGAGGGAGAGAGCUGGGGAGUGGAGGGUGAGAGCAGUGAGAGGGAGAGAGGCGAGAGCGACCCGGAGGAACUGCUAACGAUGUACGACUCAGGAGGUGACGUGUCACAAGGAGGAGUCAGACAGAAAGAUCACCUGAGGAGACCUCCGCUCAACAAAAGAAUGUCAGAACUCGCUCGAAGAUCGGCUGAUAGGAUUCUGCAGUCAGGUAAGCAGGAGCAGCAGAUCAUGGAGCGAUUCGUGCUCCGAGAGAGCUCACAGGAGAGACUGAAGCGGGCCAGAGCUCGCGCGCUGAGGCCUCCGCCCUCUCUAUCGGGAUCCAGUAAUGCCAGCAGCGUCACCUCGCGGGGGAGCGAUAUGCGGACUAUCAGUGUAAGAAUCGUCAAAGAAAUCCUACCUCCGGGGGCAAACAAGUACCCUCAAAUGGCGGGACAGGCGCCACGGGUCGGGACAAUCGCUUUGGAAAACGCCAAGAAGGCUGCAUCUUUGUUUAUCACGGUUCCAUCCGCCCAGAGUGCCGUUAAGCCUCCCGAGGCUCCAGGCUCAGGUCCAGAGACGAACGACCCAGCUCCGCAGACCACUGAGCUCUCGGCGACACAGGCACCCGAGGCUCCUGCGGUGGACGCUGCGGAUACUACCACUUCUGCCGCCGCUCCCGAGGUGUCGCCGCCGUCUGCGGUGGGCUGGACGCCGUCGCGUCGUUCGUCGGUAGCGUCGGUGACGUCGCAGGUGUCGCUGACGCCGGCUCAGCGGCGCGCCUUCCUGAAGAAGCUGCGGCUCAGACGCAACGUGCAGGUGCCGGGAGUGAUGUACACGGACCAGGCACGCGCCGCCGCCGUGGCGCUCGGCGAGCACGACAUCAAGUACAGCCUCAAGAACCGGCGCUUCCUCAACCGCGGCCACGGCAGCUGCUGGGUCUCCGACGACUCGACGUUCGCCGCCUUCGCAUCGCACGCCCAGCUCGAGCUGCGCCGCGGAGACCCGACCUACGCCAUCCAGCUGUUUGACCGCGCUCUAGAGUUUGAGCCGAAAGACGAGUCGUGUCUGGCCAGCCGCGCGAAGUGUAACCUGCUGCUGGGGAACAAUGAGGCAGCCCUGAAGGACGCCGAGCUCAUCCUCCGCCAGAACCCGCGCUGCGCCAGAGCUUUGUCCCAGAAGGCCGAGGCUCUAUACGCUCUCGGAGAGUUUGAGAUGGCGCUGGUGUACUUCAGUCGUGGGCUCCGACUCCGACCCGACAUGGCAGUGUUUCCGCUCGGAGUCGACACAGCCACAGAGGCCAUCGAAAACGCUAUUGGAGAGCGGGCUAGCCUGAUCUUCAGUGGAGUCGAGCCGCUGCUGGAGGGUCUGAAACUGAGCCCCGACCUGACUGAGGAGGCCGCUCCGACCCCGUCCCCGCCUCCGGCCUCCAAACCCGGCUCGGCGGGUGGACUGUCCCGGGGGGCGAGCAGAGACACUGCCGGCUCCGGCCGAGGGCGGGGGCGGGGGCGGGGACGGGCCGGCAGCGACCGAGCCGCCCGUACCGCUCCCAACUGUCGUCCGGUGCUCGAGGAGCUGGCCGUUGAUAAGGAGUACAUGGAGAGGCUGAUCCAGCACCCAGCCCUUAGUGGUCAGUGUCGAACCGAGGUGGUCAAACAUGCCGAACAGGCUAUCACCUUCCUGGAGAAACGGCAGCAGUUCUGGGCCAAGCAGAAGCCCGUCUACACUCGCCAGAUGGAGCGACGGCGCGCCCUGGGCCUGCUGGGCCCGACAUCUGGCGGCGGACGUGGGAAGCGUGGGACCAGCUCGGCCCGCCCGCUAGGUGGCAGAGUUGGUAGCUGUAUAGAUGUCGCUAGGUCCGCUCGGAGCUCGGACCGCGCCGGUGCCGUGGAUAGCGCACGCUCGACGGAGCGCGUGUCUGACGGUGGGGGUGGUUCCAGCUCGCCCAGCGCUACUGAUCGGUCGUCGAGUGAUAGAGGGGGCGCCAGCUCUGUGGGGUCGACGAAUGGAACCUCCAGCGGCGUGGGAAGCGCCACCAGUGCGGCCGAUUUGGGCUGAGGAGGAGCAGGUGCUCCCAUUCAACUUUUGUAACUUAUUCCAAUGUGUUUUACGCUGGGUGCCGUUGAUUAUAUUUUCAUUUCUGGAUGUAAUACUUUUUAUUGCUUUAAGAUACACUCGUAGAUGAUCCAUUUUCAUACACGUUAAUUGUUUAUGAAUCAAACAUUAUUUUAGGCAUGCUGUGAUGCUACCGUUAGGCAUUAGCUGUUGGGUAAAGACCUUAAAAGCCCUAUAGCGGUCUAUAGUAAAGUCAAGAUGGUCACGCAGCGUGCAGUGCAUGGUAGAUUGUCAUGCCUUGUGUGCUUGGAAAUACACUUGUUCAGUAAAUGUCUAAAAAAUAUGAGUAGGUACGAAGGUCUGUGUAAACUGUUAGUAUGUCUCCCUUCAAUAAAUACAAGAGUUCAGAAUUAUUUCACGGACAGACGGCGUCCGUAGUUGAGAUAUACUAAAAAUAUCAGCCCGCUCUGAAGCUUGGAGGACACGCUGCCACAGGCCUUCGCUGUGACCGCGCACAGCGGAUUUAGAGCGUAACUUCCACCGACUGGAGACCACAAUGUGCGAUCACGCGAUUCGCUGUGCAAUUAUUUCGCCAUAACGUCUGCAGCGUCCUUGAACUUGCCGCUGCAUUGUUGUAGCCUGUAUGUCUUGCAAGGCGACCUGGUUGUGGUUCGUGAAUAAUAAAAUGAUACCGAUAUGGAA